AUGCGAGACAGACCUGCUGCUCUACUUGUUAUUAUGGCUCAACCCAACAACAAUUUUAUAUUGGAUGACGAUCCAGAGAUCAAUCCAAAUCCCCAAAACCUUGCCGCAGCACUCGUGGUAAUUGGGCGGACCGCCCGCAAGUAUGUGACUGAACUUGAUGCAAUUAUCAACACUGACUUGGAGAUUGCAAUUUUCUCUAGUUUCAUCACUCGCGGGAGCAACAUCUCACCAGCUCCAACUGUGCCUGAACAUCGCGCUACUCUAGAGAACAGGAACAACAAUUCAUUGACAUACAAGCCAUACAGGCCAUACACCCCCUUUACACCUCCCGUCCCGCGCGAAGGGCAACAUUCCAGCCACUCCCUGCACUGUGUAUCCCAGUCUACCCCCACAUCUUCCCUGAAUGUCGCCUCCCACCAGGCCAUGACCACCAAGUCUCCAUCCUCGUUUCCUGCUCCUGCUUCAUUAUUGUCCCCUGCUUCUCCAACCAUUCCGAUGACCGUUUCUCCAGUCAUCCCUACUACGCGUCCUGACACUUCAACUUUCAGUCCAAUAAUAGCCCUUCCAAAUAUAUCUACCACAUCUGCUCAUUCGUCUUCUCGGACAACUGCCCCUAUGUCCAUCCCAGACGCUCAACAAAACGAUAAAAACGAUAUCACCAUGGAUGAUGGGCCGCCCUCCUCCCAAGCCGAUCGCGAAACCAUGAUGGAUCAAGACAUACCAACAGCCGUUCCGCUCCCACCUACAAACCAUGUCACCAGUCCUAAACCAGUUUCCGGUCUUCCUGUCAGCUCUGGACGAACGAAAGCACUGCCCUUACCGUCCAUUACAGAAUCUCAUUUGGGACAUCUGGUAAAUCAGCAACUGUCUCAAAUAUCCGAUCAGGUAGUCGUGCCUGCUCUCAAGAGUGCAGUCGAUGCCAUGAUACCGACAUUAAUUGACCGGAUAGCCAAUGAAAUUAAGAGCAUCCACUCCACCUGCUCUCACAACCCUCGUGCCCACAACUCUCGCACCCGGAAACGUGGUGGGACAUCUGAAGAGGAUGAUACUAGUGAGCCUGAAUGUGACGACGAUCUAACGCCUUCUCCUCGCAGGAAGCACCCAGGCAAGCGGGGUAUCAAGAACCAUUUACAUGAUGUAUUUCGGACAUACCUACGGGAAAAACGCCUUCUAAAAUACAAGUCAGGUCCCUUGCCGCAAUCCCCUCCACCGCAAAUGGUUCAAGCUUUUAAUCAUGAUAAUGAAAACCCACCAAGUUUGGACAAUAUCACCAUCGACUGGCAAGAUUCUCUGAGGUCUUCUUUGUGGAAUACAGAGGCAGUCAACUUGUUAGUCGUGGACUUCCAACAAAAAAUCCAGACAGGUUGUUAUCCAUUGGUAAUUUUUGACGAAGAUAUGAUGAGCCUCGAUGACCUGCGCGUGCUCUGCAUCAUCAAGCUUCGUCGAACUCAACAAGCCUAUCGAGAUCGCAACAAGAUAGCAGGACUUGCAGACCUGCAACAGAGAGAGGAGGCUACCCAUGAACUAUCUUCUCGUAGUACUCGGAGGCAACGUCUGGACAGGCUUAACACUCGUAAGCACGGAACGCUCGAAAGACGUCGAAAAAUUGCCGAACAAAAUCGUCAACGCAAUCCUCAAAUGUGGGACACCAUUAGGCGCAUCAUUGACAGGUUGGAUGUCGAUGGCAUGAGCGGGGAUGAAACAGACACCCCUGUUGGUGCGAAACCAAAGGUCGUGAGGCGCGUAGCUCUCCCGUGGAUCAGCCCAGCAAUCACUGAUCUACUUCACGCUGUUGAGUCCUACGCCCCUGCGACGUACGAGGAAAAUAUGACAAUUCCAGUUGGAAACACUUCGCUUUCUCGCUUUAUGGAGGCGAGAUGCACCUCCAAAAAUUCUAUUGCAAUCGCACGGUUGCCUCGUAAUUGGUAUCAUGAUGAUUGGUACAAAGUCAAUUCAACCAGUGCUCGGGCACUUCUUGAUGUUCGCAAGGACUUCGAAAUUCCGCGCUUGGUUCGUCGUCGUAUUGUUUAA